GGAGCGAUCUGCUGUCGACUGUAAGUACACGUCAGCAAUAGACACCUCCUCGUUCUCGUUGCACUUUCUCUUCCUGCUUCCAACUUUGUUGCACAUGACACUUUAUCAGGAACGUCGUCCGUGUUUCACCUGAACGCUCGCUGUGAGAAUGCCCGGAUUGUGUGCACAACAGACGCAUAACAGCAGCAUAUGAUCCACAGCUUCUGAUUUCCAUGUUGCUUUGACUGUGAAAAUGAGACUCCGGUUGUUGAAGAAGAACUUUAUUGCGUUCCUCGUCAUUUUAAUUGUGUUUAUAACGUUGUUUUACACCAUACGACGGACUAAAGAUGAAACAAACGUGGAGGUGACAGAGAAAGAGGUCUCACAGACUGCUAUAAUGGUUAAAUUUGACUACGGGACCAUUGAGAACAUGAGGAAGUCUGUCUAUGACAGCAACUACCGGCAGUUCAUUCAGAACGGAGACAAGUUUCCAUUGGAUCCUGAAGUAGUUGUCGUCGUGCAAGUCCACAAUCGUCCAGCGUACCUCAAAAUGCUCAUACAGUCCUUAGAAAAAGUCACUGGGAUACAAAACACGCUCGUGAUAUUCAGCCACGAUCAUUUCUCCAAGGAAAUUUCAGAUAUAGUCAAAGGAAUCGGCUUCUGCAGGGUCCUCCAGAUUUAUUUCCCCUACAGCAUCCAGCUGUAUCCCAACGAAUUCCCAGGACAGGGUCCUCAAGAUUGUCCGAGAGACAUAUCGAAGGAGGACGCCGUUAAAAAGGGCUGUUUGAACGCGGAGCACCCGGAUUCUUACGGACACUACAGGGAAGCGUCCAUCACCCAAACCAAACACCACUGGUGGUGGAAGCUGCAUUUCGUGUUCGAGCGAGUGCGGGUUCUUCGGGGAUACAACAGACUUGUCGUCUUCAUCGAGGAAGACAACUACCUUCUCCCAGAUUUCCACGAAUACUUCAAAUCCAUGGCCGAGCUCAGGAAAGCCAAAUGCGGGGAUUGCGACAUCCUCGCUGUAGGCAACCAUGACGGUUUAUCAGGCUUCCACGAGCUUUCCAGCCAAACUGAGACGGCGGGAUGGCUGUCCACCAAGCAUAACAUAGGAAUGGGCAUCUCCAGAGAGCUCUACUACAAACUGAUGGGAUGCAAUCAUGCAUUCUGCACCUAUGAUGAUUAUAACUGGGACUGGACCCUCCAGAACUUGUCUGGUACGUGCAUCUCCAAACCUCUCAAGGUUCUGGUGGCUCGUGGAAGCCGGGUUCUUCACACCGGAGACUGCGGCCUGCAUCAGAAGGAGGAUUGCCGGCCGGAAAAGGCUCAGGAGAGGGUGGAUGCGGCGCUUAAAGAGGCACAAUCGGCGCUUUUCCCACCGGUUUUGACCUUGACCGACCACGGGCCGGUGGAGCAUCAGCCUCACAUGAAGAACGGAGGAUGGGGGGACGUUCGCGACCACACGCUGUGCAUCAACUACGCAGCUCGACUCUGAGCUGGACGCUUUCUCUUAUUCAGAACAUCAGGGUUAAAUGAUGCAGGUUUUGCUUUCACCAAAAACAGGAAAAUGUGAGCUAUAAUGGUGUGUAUAUUCUGCAAAAUGCAGAUGAAUCUCACGAAAACAGGUCGAAUUUUCACAACACAAUCAAAAAACAGAAUAUUCUCGUUACAGUAGAAUGUUUCUGAAUUUUUCCCCUAGUGUUUUUUUAUAAUUACAACACUGAAAAAUAAUAUUAUAGAUUAUAUAUAUAUAGAAUUUAUAUAUUAUAAAUAUAAAAUAUUCUUGUGUUGCGAGAAAAUACUUUUUCUGUUUUCUUGAAAAUUUACAAAUUCCUGUUUGAUUUUGUGCCAUUUCUUAGAAAUGAUCUGUGAUAUUUACUGGAAAUUUCAGAGGGAAAAUUGUUUCAGCGUAUGCUUUACAGUUUUCACGCAGGACAUUGCUUGUAAAUUUCACAAAUAAUAACAAAGAAUCAAAAACGAAAAAAAAAAUUAAUUCAGAGGAAAAUCUCCAGUAAUCUUACAACAUUAAAUAACAUUUUUUGCAAUGCAUUUUAUAGUAAAAAUGGACUAUAAUAUAUAUAUUUUAAAAGAGCGUGUACUAAAGCCAGUACACUGUUAAAAAUUAGUUGAAAUAAAACAAAUAUUAUUGGUGUACAUUUUACAAGAAAAUCCUAUUUUAGUCUUUCUACUUCAAAAUUUCAUGUUUAAUUCACUGUGAUUUUGUGGUGACCUGAAUAUGUUUCCUGAGACCAUGUCUUUAGCAGAUUUACAUAAUUUGAAUAUUACUGACAUUGAACAUAGGGAAAUUGUUCAAGGUGCGAAACUUGCAUUCUAACAUUGCAUUUUAACAAUUUCUAAAGAAUUAUCACAAAUCAUAAACCUUCCGGCAAGCAAGGUGUGAGUGGGUGUUUGUUGUAAAUAACAAUAGUUUGAGUGUAACAUUCCUUCUGUCUUCCCUUACUGACGUUUCUCAAAAAAUGGAAGAUCUUUUGGGUUGUUUUAUGUUUUAGUUUUUUUUAACAUUGGGACAUGUUUCGGUGGUGUGUUCAGAUGUGUGAAUUUGUGUUUAAUGUGCUUUGUUAACAUUCUUUCAUUUGCAUUUGGCUAUUUGCAUUUGUGCUUUCCAUCCUUUCAAAUCCGGGUUUCUUCACAUCCUUUUGUUUUGUUUUUUUUGACAUGUAGCUACGUUGUUGCCUAACAUUGUGUAUAAUAUCUUGCGUAAAUGUACAUGGAAGACAGGAAUAGCUGCACAGUAUUUUGCAUGCAACUUAGUCUUUGAUUUUCAUUAGUUAAACAGGUUUGGCUCCAGAUGUUUAUCCAUAAUCACUGUGAAGUGCAUGCAAGAGUCUAUUUAUUUCCCCACUGAGGGGUUCCUGGGAUGGAAGAAUUCUAUACAUUGUGAAAUGUUAUCUUUACAGCCUUGACAUGAAUCCAAAGAAACUCACCUUUGUGCUCGGUUUGGAGAAUCUGGGAGAUACAAAGGUGAACCUCAUGUUUUUUUUCCAGAUGACCUUCUCUGCGUGUUUCCUCUCGGUUUCCUUUCUGUGAUUUCCGUUACACCUAAAGGGAGGAAAAGCUGACAUGCUCAAAAGAGUUGCCAAAUGUUUUUGUGGAAAUCUGUAAUGCAUUCUUUUAUUGUGUUCUGUGUGAACACUGUGUGUGUAAGCGUGCAUGAGAGAGAUUGCUUGCUCUAGAGAUGGUUUUCUUCUGUACGGGUAAAUGUCAGAAACUGAUGCGUUUGUUUUCCAAAAACAAAUCAUAAUGCUAGCUCUAAAAGCCAUAUUCAUAUUUGUUCGUUAAGCUUUCAGCCAAAGAUGCGUUGAUCAUGUCGGCACGUUCAGGAGUGUAUAUACUGAAUCACAUCUGUGUAAUUCUGUUUUCUCUGUUUUCAUGGAUUUAUGAAUAAGGGGUACUGCUCUUGCUGAUUUUCUGUUGUUUUUAAAUGUUUGUCUUUUUAAAACUGAGUUUGUAUAUAAUAUAUUUUGCGUGAAUAAUUUCA